UCUGUGUAGAUAGGUGGUCACCAAAUCUAUACCAAAGUUUUAUUUUGUAUAGAACAACAAACACAAAACUAAAAAGUCAGACGUUUUUUGCUUUGUUUUAAUUUUCUGAUUUUCAACUAACAAUCAAAUAAGCGGGUCGUGAUUCAAAAUCAAAAUGCUGGACGAUAAACAACAAAGCGUUAAAGGUUUGGUUAAAGAUUUUGCAGCCAAUUCCAGCAUGCAUGGAUGGCCAAAAGCGGCAGAAUCUAAAGGGAAUUUCAGGAGAUUUAUGUGGAUAAUUUUAACUUUAAUUGGCUCUGGUAUAGCAAUACAACAUGUAGCAAAGAUCAUUAUUCUCUACAACCAAUGGCCCUUGUCCACCGUGGUCACAAUUGAAAACAAUAAUAAACUAGAUUUUCCAGCUGUAACUAUUUGUAAUAUGAAUCCUGCCAAACGAUCAACAUUGAAAUCAAAAGUAGAAGAACUGGGAUUUCAUGAUUUAGUGGAUUUAAUAAACAUUGCUGAUGAAAGAAGAAAAGAAGAGGAAAACAGUGAAGAAGAAGAAGAAGUAGUAGAAGAAGAAAAUGACGAAGAAAAUACCGCAGAUUUUUAUGAGGCUUUGACAGCAGAAUAUAAUAUAGAAUCAGCAUUUAUUAGUGUCAUUGGAGCUAUGAAUACAACAGACAGACAAAUGAUAGGACAUGCCAUAGAAGAUAUGUUAAUAGCCUGCACAUAUGAAGGACGACCAUGUUCGGCCAGAAAUUUUACCAGCUUUUAUAACUUUAAAUAUGGUAAUUGCUAUACAUUUAAUGGAAACCCAGAUAUAUCCCCAAGAAAAUUAGAAACUAAAAAACCUGGACCACGAUAUGGUUUAACCAUGGAGUUAUAUAUACAAGAGACAGAAUAUUCCGAGUUUUUAGCUGAUACUUUGGGAGCCAAGAUAUUGGUACAUCAUCAAGGUAGUAUGCCUUUUCCAGAGGAUGAUGGUGUGUCAAUCAGUCCUGGUAUGUCAACAUCAGUUGGUCUAAGUCAGGUUAUUUUAGAGAGAAGUAAACCACCACAUGGCAGAUGUAAAUCAUAUACAGAAGAACAUAAUAAAGAGAUUAAUGUUUUUGCUGAGUUUAAUAAUGUUUCAUAUUCAGAGAAGGCGUGUAUGAAGACAUGUUACCAGAAGAAUGUGAUUAAAGAAUGUAAAUGCUGUCAUUUUGACUUUCCAUGUGAUGGUCAGGCUCUUGACGAGGUUCUAGUUGAUAUAACAGAAACCCCUGUACGAAGAUGUAACGAAACUAUUGAUGGUAAGAAAUCAGUGGAUGUGACUUAUUGGAAAAUGAAACCUUAA